AUGUCAUUCUCUGAGACCGCAAAACGCAUGGGAGGCCUCUCCACGUGGACUCACCACUCAUUUUCCAACUCCCUUGUCCAGAAUCCGAAGAAACUUCUGAAGAAGCUAUGGAACCGUCAGCCAACUUCUAAGGAGGUUACUUGCUACGCCACGUCUCUCGCCAGUACCAUACUCCCUGAAGCUGUGUCUACUCACAUGAAAACCGAUUAUCUUCGAGGUGAGCGUUCAAACAAGCGCAGUCGUCUCACUGUCAUGAACCCAGAUCCAGUGACGCCAUCCGUCAGCGAUGACGGUUCGAUCUCGGAAUACCUGAUGCCCGUUGCUGAAGACGAAAAACCAGCGUCUGAGUCUGGCUUUGAUUGGGAAGUUGGCUGUCUGGAUUUCAACGACGAAGAUAUUGAUUUCGAUGCAGGAUCUUCAAGCUAUAGCCGCAGCUCAUAUGCAACCACCGAUACUUCCUCACCAGAAUCCCAUGUGAAUGAACCCGAGAAAUCUGUGGACGGCUUCGUCGAGACCGUACUUGUUAUCGAAGACCGCGACGCCGUAUUCCUCGACCUCAUUUUUGACACCGGCAUGACAGCGCAACGCUUUCGAAAAUCCUCAGAUGCAUUCGGUCGAAGUAGGCGCUCUCUAACAAAUUUGAUUUAG